AUGGAAGCCAAGGCAAUUGUUUCCUAUGGUAGCUUCACUUCUAGCACCUCACAUCGUCCAGUUCUAUGUCCUCAGGAACUUAAUAAGAGGGGUUUCUUUCUAUUGUCUUUUGCAGUGAAUUCUCAGAGAUGUAGCAUCAACAUCAAUCUUAAAAAUUUGAGCUUUUGCCCAAAGGCUUCCCUAAGAGGGAAUUUGGAGGCUACUGGAAUUCCAACUUCAGUUCCAGUAAGAGUGGCACAUGAACUUCUUCAGGCUGGACACAGAUAUUUGGACGUCAGGACUCCUGAAGAGUAUAGUGCUGGACAUGCAGCAGGGGCAAUUAACAUUCCUUAUAUGUACAGAGUUGGAUCAGUUUUCAAGAGUGGUGGCCAAGAUAGAGAAGCAUUUUGGCUUUCAGUGCAGAUCCUACAUGUGGAUAGGAAUAAAUCCAGAAUCAUAAGAAUGACCAUGGGUUGCCAGCUUGGGAAAAGGUCUAUGAUGGCUGCAACUGCUCUUUUAGCUGCUGUAAGCACAUCAUUCUUAAUGGCCGAUUUUAGUUUUCGACUUAGGCUGGCAAGCUUGCAUAAUGGAGCUGUGUUUGCACUUAAGAUGCAAGCCUAUUGUUUAGUGGGAUUUACUGCAGUGACUGACAUUGCUGGUGGAUUUGCUGCUUGGACACAGAAUGGACUUCCAACAGAGAAUUAA